AUGACCGAAUUGUCGGAACUGGAUCUGCAAAACUGCCAGGGGAUCUACAACAUUGACUCAGAUUGCACUAUUCUGGGUUUUGGCUCUGGCACUGGCACUCAUCCUCAGCUCCUACACGAACCAAAAUGUACAUGUGGGGCACCAUGUCCAUCAGUGCAUCGAUAUUCCGAUGUGGCAAAGCUUCUCAAUUUCUCAAGGACGUUAGACCUUCUCCUAGCAAAGUUGGGGCGAAAGCUCAAGAACUUCGCCAAGUCUACUGACUUCUUCCAAAAAUCACUCUCCAACAGUCGAGAAAAUUUCAUGUCUGAAAUCCGGCCAAACCCCCUAGCAGCCACUGCCAACACUCAACUUCUUCUCCGACGUCACAGAGAUGUCAUUAACCUGCAUCGUCAGAUUGGAAGAUUCAGAGAUGAGGUCGUUGUUCCAGUCGAGCAGAGCUUACAGGACUUACACAAUGCAAUUCCUCAAUUUGUACCACGUUAUGUCACAUUGUUCCGUUCCCGUUUUGACAUCCUGGAGUACAGAGCAAUGGUAGUUCGGAUUGCUGAUGAUCUGAAAUUAGCAAACCACCUCCUGAAAUUGGCGGACCCCUCCAGAAGCGUACAGCGGCAAGGACUGAAGAUGCUGCAGUUCGUAUGCAAGCAGUCUCUUGCGUGCAUGGUGUAUUGUCAAGAUGCUUUGUCUAAUGAUGUUGCUGCCUCAGCUCCACCUGUGGCAGCUGAGUUGCGUUUACAGAACGCCCAAUUUUUCAUUCUCGCUAAAGCGUCUGGCUUGAAACUCUCAUCUUUGGGCUACGGCGAUACUUGCCCCCCUUCACCCAUUCCGACUGAAGCUGUACACAACAGCUUGCUCAAGAUUAUGGAGGAAGUAGGUCCUGCUUUCCACGGUCGAAAUGCAUUUGUGUCGACUGCAAAAGCAUUUCAAGAUUACAUUUCGUCUUCGGACACCAAUGAAACAACCAUCCUUCCUAUGAUCACCAAUGACUCAUCUCGCCAGAUUGAGAAGUCUUGGGGCAAUCAUGAGCUGGGUGCACUAACGACAUGUGUGCACAGCCACAUAUAUUCGAAGAGAAGCUUUCCAGCGGGCUGCGCAGAUUGCGGAUUAUCACGGCCCCCUACUCCCAGAAUCUCAGAAAAGUUCAACACCUUCCGCGAAGCUGAAUUCCUGAAAACUAUUCAUGCGUUGUCGGCCAGGACUUAUGGGUCUACUCCCAAUCGGUUGGAAGAAAAGUUUGAGGCCAACGCAGUCGACGAAGCCUUAUCCUUGGGAGCCUGCCAAUCGCCGAAACCGGAUAAGAGUAAUCUUGUUCGAUCCCCAGUCUCAGAGCAUGUCAUGGAAGUCAAACAGGAGGCGGUCGAUCAGGUGCUGUCAAAUUUGGGCGACAGAGACAGAAAAGAUCUCGAGAACAGCGAGCAGAAGGAGUUCAUAACCCGAGACCAGAAGGAUCUCGAGAAUAGGAAGAAAUUCCUCGCAGCCUUGCACAAGAUGGGGAUAUGA